UGGCGUCGUGUCGCGGAGAUGCUGCUGCGGGCCGGGCUCCAGCGCGUGUGGCUUCCAUGUCGUGCGGUGGGAAGCGUCUCUGCAGAAACCCUGGGCCGCAGGACCGUCGCCUCUGGUGCCUGUUCCCCGGGCGACCUCUCGCCCGGCGCCCUAAAUAUCUUCGAUCGGCAAUUGAAGAGAAAACAGAAGAACUGGGCGGCCCGACAGCCUGAGUCGACCCAGUGUGACUACCUCAAGGAGGAGGUUGGAAGUCGCAUCGCAGACCGUGUCUAUGACAUAGCCAGAGAUUUCCCCCUGGCCUUGGAUGUUGGUAGUGGAAGAGGUUACAUAGCACAACAUUUGAAUAAGGAAACUGUUGGGAAGUUUUUCCAGACAGACAUUGCAGAAAAUGCUUUGAAAAAUUCCUUGGAAACAGAAAUUCCUACUGUUCACGUUUUAGCCGAUGAAGAAUUCCUUCCCUUCCGUGAAAAUACAUUUGACCUAGUGGUUAGCAGUUUAAGUUUGCACUGGGUGAAUGAUCUUCCUAGGGCACUUGAACAGAUCCAUUAUGUUCUGAAGCCGGAUGGCGUAUUUAUUGGCGCUAUGUUCGGAGGCGACACUCUGUACGAGCUUCGGUGUUCUUUGCAGUUAGCAGAAACGGAAAGAGAAGGCGGCUUUUCUCCCCACGUUUCACCUUUCACAGCGGUCAAUGACCUGGGACAUCUGCUCGGGAGAGCUGGCUUUAAUACACUGACCGUGGACACUGAUGAAAUUCAAGUUAACUAUCCUGGAAUGUUUGAGCUGAUGCAAGAUCUGCAAGGUAUGGGGGAAAGCAACUGUUCUUGGAACAGGAAAGCGCUGCUGCACCGAGACACGAUGCUGGCGGCGGCAGCCGUGUACCGAGAAAUGUACGGAAAUGAGGACGGUUCUGUACCUGCCACAUAUCAGAUUUAUUACAUGAUAGGAUGGAAAUACCAUGAGUCUCAGGCGAGACCAGCUGAAAGAGGUUCUGCAACAGUAUCAUUUGGAGAACUAGGAAAGAUAAACCGUCUCAUGUCACAAGAGAAAAAACCACAAUAAAUAUUUUAUUC